AUGGAAGUGGACACCGGAGCGGGGGCAUCCAUCAUCCCCCUGGAUAAAUUCAAGUCUUUGUUCCCUCUUGUUAAAUUAUCACCUAGUCCUACAAAAUUGUCAUCAGCUUCCGGCGACAUUAGAGUCAGUGGAGAAGUUAAUGUCUGCGUAUCUAAAAAUGGCAUUACCAAAAAUUUGUCUUUUAUUAGUGUCGCUGUGCCCUCAGUGGAGGAGUUACGGGACAUGUUUCCCAAAAUUUUUGAUGUUAAUAAUGAUGAUCCUAUAGUAGGGUUUGAAGCAAGAUUGCUAUUGCAAGAGAAGGCUGCGCCAGUGAAGCAUCGGGCAUACAAGGUCCCGUUUGCCCUCACUGAUCCAGUAAAUGCUAUUGUUGUCAAGAUGGUUGAUCAAGGCAAGGCAGUCCACGUCAGGCAUGCCGAGUGGGCUUCGCCAUUGUUUCCAGUUCCGAAGAAAAAUGGCGAGUACCGCCUAGUGGUGGAUUUCAAGAAGACUUUGAACCCUCAAUUGCGGGUAGACCACUACCCUAUUCCCUCUCCAGAGGAGAUCUUUUCGGACAUUUCUGAGGCUGCAUACUUUGUUAGUUUAGAUCUUAAGGAUGCGUACAUGCAGUUGCCCCUGUCCAAGGGGUCCCAGGAGUUAUGUAUCAUGAAUAACCCUAGAGGGUUUUACAAAUUGUUACGACUGCCGUUUGGUAUUGCUUCUGCUGCCGCAAUUUUUCAGUCUGUCAUGGAAGAAAUGGCAGCAUCAAUAAUGUAA